AUGCAGCCAUUCCAUUUUCCACACACGAAGUGCAGCAGAAAAUUAAUUUUCUUUGCCCUUGUGAUGUUGAUCUCCUUGGCCUCUCCCACCAGUUCUUGCACAAAGAAGGAGAAGGGGUCCCUCCUGCAGUUUCUCAGUGGUCUGUCGUCGGACGGUGGCCUCGCCACGUCCUGGAAGCAGAACGGCGCAGACUGCUGCGAAUGGGAAGGGGUCACCUGUGGCGAGGAUGGGGCAGUCACAGAUGUCUCAUUGGAUUUGAAGGGCCUUGAGGGGCGCAUAACACCAUCCCUCGGCAACCUUGCUGGCCUUCUGCGCCUCAACCUGUCCCACAAUUCGCUGUCGGGUGGCCUGCCGCUGGAACUGGUGUCGUCCGGUAGCAUCAUCGUCCUUGAUGUCAGCUUCAACCGCCUCAGUGCAGACGUGCAAGAGCUGCCAUCUUCAACCCCAUCACGGCCUCUUCAGGUACUGAACAUCUCAAGCAACUUGUUCACAGGACGGUUUCCAUCAUCCACCACCUGGGAGGUGAUGGACAAUCUGGUUGUGCUCAAUGCCAGCAAUAACAGCUUCACUGGGCAAAUACCGGAUAAUUUCUGCAGCAUCUCGUCAUUGUUAGCUGUAGUUGAGCUCUGUUACAACCAAUUUACAGGCAUCAUCCCUCCUGGACUUGGUAACUGCUCCAUGCUCAGAGUGCUCAAGGCUGGACACAAUAACCUCCGCGGGACUCUCCCAAAUGAACUCUUUGAUGCUUCCUUACUGGAGUACCUCUCACUUCCCGACAAUGUUCUAGAUGGAGAGCUUGAUGGUGCUCAGAUAAUGAAACUCAGCAAUCUGGUGACACUAGACCUUGGAAGGAAUGGUUUCAGCGGCAAGAUUCCAGAUUCCAUAUAG